AUGGCUACUUCCAAAGUCCUUCUUGCAUCGGUCUUUCUUUCUCUGCUUGUUCUCCAUCAAGUCCAUGCAGUUCAAACCAAUCAAGCUACUGGCAAUGGCAUUCCCCAAAAUGAUUCCAGCAUGAAAAUUGAUUGUGGGGGGUCUUGUGCUGUAAGGUGCCAAUUAUCCUCAAGGCCAAAUCUCUGCAAGAGGGCUUGCGGGACUUGCUGCGCCAGGUGCAACUGCGUGCCGCCGGGCACUUCCGGCAACUACGAUGCCUGCCCUUGCUAUGCCAGUUUGACUACCAAAGACAACAGGCGCAAAUGCCCUUAA